CUCUGUAUGUCGCUUACAUACAGUAAAACCACGUGACACUUGUAUUCCACUCACAAGAUGGCGUCCUCCAUGAAGCUGGAGUCCGAAUAUUAGAGCAGAGAAAGCUGAAUUGUAAGCAUUGGCCAUGUAAUCUUACUACCACCGUUUUUUAUCUAAAUUAUAUAGACAUACACAAAAAACAGACAAAAUCGCUUCAAAUGAUUCAUCAGAAUUCAUCACUCGAGGUCCCGAAUGUAGUUUCCUAUAUUAUAAUUUUACGAGUUGUGUAUAUAAGCUUAUUACCUAGCAAAACACUGGUGUCUAUAUUAUAAAUAAUUAUGACACUGGACGAAUUAAGAAUUUAAGUGCAUUUAAGACAUAUCCGAAAUGUACCUUUAAUUUACUAAUGUCUAUAUGUUGCAUUUAAAGGCCACACUUAAAGUCAGUAGUAACUUUAAAAAAGAAUUUAAGUUUUAUUUAAGUGGGGCUCUUAUAGUCAGUAGCAACUUUAAGUAGAUAUUGAUUGUUAACUUAAAUUCCUUUAAAUGUAGUAUUGACUUUAAGUAACUUUCUUUGCCUUUAUCGAAAACUUAUAAUCUUUAGGGGAUUUAAGUGUCUUUCAUUAGUUCUAAAUUUCAUCAUAUUCGUUGGACUUAGAAAAUAUUUUCCGUAGUUUAGAAGUUAAUUUAGUUUCUAAACAUAAUAUUUUUUGGCUAAUAUCAGGAAUGUUUUAUGAAAAGCAUAUAAAUAGCUUUAAGAAUAUUCGGUUUCUUGUUUAACCAAGUGAUUUGUAUUUUGGCAGAAAGAAAAAGCGAUGAAAAAUUGAUAUUCGCAUUAUUUUAGGAUUACUUUGCCUUUAGCAGUAAUAAUAACAGCUUCACCGGCGAAGAGGAAGUCAGUCAUAUGCGAGAGGAAGUGACGCGCAAGCGUAUCUAUUGUUUUCCCUUCACGUGACUACCACGGCGGGCUAUUCGCAUAGCGUGUUUAGAAGUGUGACUUUGGUUCAUCUAACAUCUCUCUAAAUCCACGCCAAAAGAUUCGCUAUUUCUUUCAAUGACAUCAAAUCGAAUGGCAAAGCCUACCAAUGAAAACAUGUUGACCACAUAACCUUCAAGUUUGGAGGGAAAACAGAGCUUUAAAUGCGGGAAAUCAGCGACUGCGUGCGUGAGGUGAGAAUUCAACAGUGAAGACAGAACUAGCUGAAAUUCUCGCCGAAAGGGAGCCUCAGAGACUUUCAGGUAAGCCUAACUGAUCGGAACCAGUUCUUGUUUAUUCGUUUCUUGAUUAUUUUUUGUCUUUAAGGGCAACCUUUCGAGUUUAGGUGAUCUUUUUCCUCUUUGAGUAGUGUCUAUCAUUCGAUUCGAAUCAGCGUUCCGCCGUACGCUAAAGAGCCUUCGGUUCUAUCUUAUCUGGCCAGCGGAGAAAUCUUAUAUUCUUCACAUGAAGCGCUUGUUUUAUUGAAUUGUAUUUUACACAAAUCAAUGUGUUUUUUUUUAAGAUUAUGCUCGGUUGUUAUUGAGCUAGUACAUUGCUUGGCAUCUCUUUAUUUUUCUGGUAAUCAUUAAGAAUAAUUAAUCACAGAACAAUGCCAAUAUUGUCAGCCUAGAUUUCAAAUACCAAAUCAAUUGUUGUUAUAAUUAUUGUUGUUUUUUCCUGAGAUAAUGCUACCCCAGAAAAAAAAACACACAACAAAUGCAACCAGAUAUAGAAUGAUGAUUUUCAAUGCUGCAAUGCAUGUCCAUUUCAGAACUAAAAAGAGGGAGCAUGUCACAAAAGCAAAUGACAGUUAUGAUGCCACCUUAAACAGGCAGAGAAAGCGCAGCCGGCUUAACACAAAAACAACGCUACGAAAAAAUACCUUGAGGGAAAGCUCCAGCAUCGACGAGGAGAGAAAAGGGAAAUACUUUGAAAUCAUGUCUGUGGGCUAUAUGUCCUCGGAGCACACAGUGUCUGAUGGAGAAAAUGAGGGGUCUGACGAGGAAGCACCUAAACUGCUUUACAAGCAUAAGCUUCCAUGGAGGAGUGAGGAGGCCGAUUCAUUGAUGGCCUACUUAGAAAAAAAAGUUAGGAAGGGCAGGGGCCAGAAAAUAACAAACAUGAUGUUCAGGAGGAAAGAUGGUGCUAAUUCGAAAAGAACUGCACCAAUUGAUGCUCCCGAUUGGGCUGUGAAGCAUCAGCUUUAGGUUGUCUACAUGCAAGCUAUUCUUUUCGAAUUAGCACCAUCUUCUCUAUUUUGCUAUGAAUGAUGGACUUGUGCGUUGGCACAAAAAAUGUUAUUGUUGAAGCAUAUAGUGAUCGACUUUGAUUUACAAAUUCACAACGAUUUUUAUUACAACAAGUUCAUGAGUAUUCAGAUUUAUUAUUGAACUAUUUUCCUCGAAAAACAUUAGAUGAAGCUACAAUUUAUUAUAUAAAGGAGAUGUGAUUUAUUUAGAAUAUUGAAAGAAUAAUAUUCAAAGAAUUAUUACUUUGACCAAGAGCUGAUAAAAUAAUGUUUAUAGUAAUUUAUUUAUUUUGAAAUAUACACUUAUUGGACCAAACCAAAUGUAUAAAUACCGAUUAUAUUUUACUGAUUACAGAAAAUACAUGAAAUAAAGGAUUUCAGUAGA